AUGAUGAUAUUCGGGCUAAACGUUGCGGAUCGGAGGGCAAUGGAUGCUUUCCAGGGGGGCAUGUACGAUUUGAGCCGGGUGACGGUGGAGAUUGAACUCCAGGAUGGGACUAAGGAGUUCCAUGAGGCUUUGGCCUAUAUCUGGGAUGGACCAUCGACGGACCUUGUUCCAGUGGAAGACAUGUCUUGGUCACCGUUGGAUAUGCUCCGUGACAAAUGGUUGUCUGGGAUACUCAAAAUGGUUGAACACGAGGAGGAGGCGCUUUAG